GUUCCGUUGGGUCCCCCUUUGGCUCGGGUUCCCUGCCCCUCCCCCUUCCCGGAGCCCCGAGGGGCCGGAGCUCCUGGCGGUGCCGGAUCCUGACGGCGGCCUUCCCCCGGGUCUGUAAGUGCGGAGACGGCCGGAGCGCCGGGCUGGGGUGCGGGGUCUCUCAAAAUGGAACCCCCCCCUGGGGCCCUGGAUCAGCCGGGACCUGUACUGGGAUGGGAGCCGAGAGGCUGGCCUAGGCCCCUGGGGACUUGAGGAGCCCUUGGCCCGGCCCACGCUGCGCCCCGCCCCUUUCCCUUCCCAGUGACUGGAGUGGGGAGCCUGAGGAUGCCCCUGGGACCGCCUCAUAGGACCCCAGCUGAGGGCCCAGCAGUUGGCUUGGGGGCCUGACUCUGGCAUCUUAUAAGAAGUGCCAGAAGUGAGGCCCUAAGAAAAUGAGCCUCGGGAGCCAGCCCAAGACCAGGCAUUCAGUGCCAGUCUUUGAGAAUCACUAUGAGUGCUAGGUUACCCUUUUGCUGGGGUUUUCCCCUAUUUGGCCACUGGUCGCAGCACCUUUUAUAUUACUGGCGCUAUACCAGACACUGGAGAUUCGCAAGAUACUGUUCCAGUUUUCAGGAUUAAGUUUGGGAGCCAGAUCUGAACAAAUAAGUACUCCUAUGUGUGUGUGUGUGUGUGUGUGUGUGUGUGUGUGUGUGUGUGUGUGUGUAUGUGUGUGUAUAUGUAUCAGUCACAUAUGUGUUAAUUGCUCAAGGGGCCAUUGCUCAGAAGGCUUUAGAAAGAAAGUGAUGUCUGAAUUGUACUUGGAGAGAGUAAAGUGUUGAAGAGUUUUUCAGGGAAGACAGUUGCAAUACUGUGGAGAAAUGACUGAGCAUAACUUGUGUGGGAAGAGGAGGAAAUGGGGGGACUCCUAUGCACAGAAUGGAUAUGAGACUGGGAAAGUCGACUGAGGUCCAGAUGGUGAAUGGUGUAAUCCUAAAGGAGAUGGGUAGUUUUUUGAAGAGUUCUGCACAGAACAUUGAUAUGGUCAGAUUUGCACUGCAGGAAAUCAUUUUGUUCUGUAGAAAGCCCAUAGAGAAGGGACUUUCUGUUAACUGCAUUUAGACUCUUUAGCUAAAAGUUAGGAACUCUUAUCGGAGAUUCUUUUGAAGGGGUAAUGGGAUCAGCCUAGUGAGAGGCAAAGAAUUCCUGAAAUACAGUUAUAAUGGUGUCAUUGGUAAGGAGACAAGUAUACUGGAGAUGAUUAUGUCAAGACUCCAUAAUUAACUGAAUACUGAAGAAGUGAGAGGGACCAAAUCUAAUUCUUAGGUUUUAGACCUCUGAGCUGAAGGAUGGUAAUGCCAUUAUCAGAAAUAAAGCCAUAAGCUUAGUGUAGAUUAUGAAUUCAUUUUUUGGACAUGUUGAAUUAAAGGUCUAAUGAGAUAGACACAUAGAGCUGUGCAGCAUAGAGUUGGAAAUGCAAAUCUUUAGCUCAGCCUAAACAUCGUAGCUAGAGGUAAAAGUUCGAGAUAUCAGCAUAGAAGUGGAACCAUGGGAAUAGCUGGCAUCAGGAAGAGAAUUUUGAAAGAUAAGGAAAUUUGGGGGGGUAAUGCUUGCAUUUAUGAAGCAGAAAGAGGAAUUGGAGCUAGUAGUAGUCAGCGGUAGGCAAUAAAGUGUAGGAGUGCAGGGUUACAGCAAGCAAGAAGACCCGGAAAUCAAGAGAAGGGAAUUUCAAGGAGAGACCACUGGAUCAAUUCAUGCAGAGCAUCUGGAGACUUGGGGGAGGGGAGAGUAUUGCAUUUCUUUAUGAAGAGGUCAUUAGUGACCUUUUAAAAAGCAAUUUAGUACAGUGAUGCGGUGAUACUCUAUGAAAUAUUAGGUACCUCAGCUGGUUUGGUGUUAAAUGGGAAUAAGGAUAGGACACAUAUAAAGCAUUUCACAAAGAAAAUUGACCGGCUUUAUUUGUAUACCUAACACAUGCUUAUAGGGUACAUACCAGAUGCUGUUCUAAGCUCUUUAAAAAAUUAAAUCAUUUAUUUUCCAUAACAACCCUAUGAAAUAAAUUACUAUUGAUAGAUGGGAACAUUGAAGCAGAGUGGUUCGAGUUUACACAGAAAAUAGUUGAGCAGGGUUUUGAUCCUAGGAAAUACGGCUCCAGAGUCCAUGGUUUUACCCACUGCUCUAUGCAGUGACUGAAUAUAGGAGCCAAAGGAGUGGGAAACAUUUAAGCAAAGAGAGGCUCAUUGAUAAGAAUGGAGAGGCUUGGAAAGAGACCCAGGUUGAGAAGAAGGUCUGCCAAAAUGUCUGAAAGAUCAGAUCUCCUUCACUUCAAGUUUGAAAAUUAUGGAGAUUCAAUGUUACAAAAAAUGAACAAAUUAAGAGAAGAGAAUAAAUUUUGUGAUGUUACAGUUCUCAUAGAUGAUAUUGAGGUACAGGGACAUAAAAUUGUGUUUGCUGCAGGUUCCCCCUUCUUAAGAGACCAAUUUUUACUGAAUGAUUCCAGAGAGGUGAAAAUCUCCAUAUUACAGAGUUCCGAAGUGGGGAGACAAUUGCUCUUAUCCUGUUAUAGUGGUGUGCUGGAAUUCCCUGAGAUGGAACUGGUAAAUUACUUGACUGCUGCAAGUUUUCUUCAGAUGAGCCACAUUGUAGAACGGUGCACACAGGCCCUGUGGAAGUUUAUAAAGCCAAAACAACCAAUGGAUAGUAAAGAGGGAUGUGAACCACAGAGUGCUUCUCCCCAGUCAAAAGAACAGCAGGGAGAUGCCAGAGGCUCCCCAAAGCAGGACUCACCUUGUAUUCAUCCAUCUGAAGACAGUAUGGAUAUGGAGGACAGUGAUAUUCAGAUUGUUAAGGUAGAAUCUAUUGGGGAUGUAUCAGAGGUUAGAAGUAAAAAAGAUCAGAACCAGUUUAUUUCUUCCGAACCCACUGCUUUACAUUCAUCAGAGCCCCAGCACUCCCUGAUAAAUUCAACUGUGGAAAACAGAGUAAGUGAAAUAGAACAAAACCAUCUCCACAAUUAUGCCCUUUCUUAUACAGGCAGUGAUAACAUCAUCAUGGCCUCAAAAGAUGUCUUUGGCCCUAAUAUUCGAGGUGUAGACAAAGGCCUACAGUGGCAUCACCAAUGCCCAAAGUGUACCAGGGUGUUUCGUCACCUGGAGAACUACGCCAACCAUUUAAAAAUGCACAAACUCUUUAUGUGUCUACUCUGCGGCAAGACUUUCACUCAGAAAGGCAACCUUCAUCGACACAUGCGUGUGCAUGCCGGAAUUAAACCUUUCCAGUGUAAAAUCUGUGGGAAAACCUUUUCUCAGAAGUGUUCCUUACAGGAUCAUCUUAACCUUCACAGUGGAGAUAAGCCCCAUAAAUGUAACUAUUGUGAUAUGGUUUUUGCACAUAAACCAGUUUUGAGGAAACACCUUAAACAGCUGCAUGGCAAAAACAGCUUUGAUAAUGCCAAUGAGAGAAAUGUACAAGACCUCACAGUGGAUUUUGAUUCUUUUGCAUGUACAACAGUCACAGACUCUAAAGGGUGUCAGCCACAACCCGAUGCAACACAGGUCCUGGAUGCAGGUAAACUGGCCCAAGCUGUCCUGAACUUAAGAAAUGAUAGUACUUGUGUGAAUUGAGUAGGGGCUUCAUGCUCACAACUCGAACUGACUGAGAAUGUGGCAAUAGUCUCAGUCUUUUUAGGAGUGAUUUUGCUAGUUUGACUUCUCCAAAGCCUCUGCGUAGGUGGUAGGGAGUGAGUCAAAGCACUAGUAGACCAGGCAACUUACCACUUGGAGUGGAUUUGCCUUACUUUUGCCCUCUCCCAUUUUCUGUUUUGAGUUAUUUAUCUUGUAAAGUCUGUUUUCCUUUUCCAAGGAAUAAUUCCUUUUGUCUACCUAACAUUGACUUAUGUCUUAGACUGACACUGUUUUAGGCUUUUCACUAGGCACAUUCCGAAGGUACCAACAAGUUAAUAACAUCACCUACUCUCCACUAAUAGAUGCUAUGCUAAGAGAAGUGAAAAAUCUUUCUUUGGUAGAAAAUAGGCUGAGAUAAAAGGUGAUAUUGCUAUUGACCUGAAAAUGUGAUAGAACUUCUGGUUGCCUAUUGAUUAUUUCUCCAUGUCUGGUAAAUGAAUCUGCUUCCUACCAUUUGUACUUGUCUUGGAGCUGGCUAUAAAGAAGUAUGCUGGUUUGUUAUGUACUCUUUUCAACAGUAUCAUAGCCCAACUUCAUCUCAUUGAAUUGUUCACAUACACCAGAAUACCCUCUCUUGAGGAACACCUGCAGGCAGAUAGUUAGGGAUGACCAUGAGGAGCAUAAUCAACAGGGAUAGAAGUACACUUAUACAACAGCACUUACAUGGGCGGUUUCUCUGGUAGCAUGUCCCAUAAGAGGCCAUAUGCUUAUAAUUAAUGUGUAACUUGUUGAUGCUUUAGAGAUCAGGACUGCUCCAGGCACGCUAAAAAUGUGCUAAAGUAUAAUAGGCUCUCUAAAAAGAGGCUAUUUGGGAGUCUCUGAAUUUUGUUUCAGAGUUUAGCCAUCAGAAAGGUGAGUUUGGCCAUCAGAGUUUUGUCCUGUGCACUAUAAAAGUCUCUGAAUUUUCAUUUCCUCAUGUACCUUAAUUUCUAAAAUGGAUGAUAAAAGUUAGGUUGGACACAGAAGGGGCAAUCAAAUUUCUGUAUUCAGAUACCUCUUAAAGGUACACUGUCCCACCUUGCUGCCUUUGAUUGUGAAUACAAAGUUAAUUUUCAAAAAGGAAAAACAAAACAACUCUUUUUCCUAAAACACAUGUACUUCAGACCUAAAAUUCUGAGUCUUAUUUGUUUCUCACCCAUGAAUUAGAUUUAGGUAAUAGUAUUAGUAGAGUCCUUAGAGAAUCUUAAGAGGUCAUUUACUCCACCUCUUUCAUUUUAAAUUGGGGUCUCCAAAUCCUGAAGAGGUGGCCUGGCCAAUAUUGGCCAAGGUAUAACUAAAUAUGAGCUAGCAUCUUCUUCCUUCUUCUCACUAUCCCUUGGCUUUAAAAGAUUUAGUACAUGAAGAAUAACGUAUUAGCAAAAAGCUCCUAGUUUGUGUUUCCCCUUUGUGUCUCCCUGUUGGCUUUCUGAGACAACCUGAAUUUUGCCAACAAAAUAUCGCAGAGGGAUUUAUAUUAAUUAUUUUUUAGAUGAAUAUUAUAUUCUUCCCAUCCAAGUGAGUGAUUUGCUAGGUUUGUUUAGGGAGGAAAAAAGCAAGAAUAAUGUGAGAAAAAUCUAAAUGCGAAGUUGAUUUUGUGUGGAAAACUGUUUAUUAGUUUCCAUCAGGAUUUUCUGCUUUUAUUUUUGAGUUAUGAGAGUGCAUGCAGAUUUGAAAAAUUAGGCUUGCAUAGUCAGAGGAGAUCUUAAAUUGUUAUAUUUGAUACGUUUACAUGUAUCAUUGUUAUCAUAUGUAAAUUAUCAUCAUGUGAGUCAGAUGUGAAGUAUGAUUUUUGUCUUUUGUUCAAAUAUUUAAAAUGAUAAUACAGUUGAGUGAUAAGACUAAUAGGUACUUUAUGCCUAACAUCACUCAUUAUAUGGUCUAAUGAUGCUUCCUAGCAUUGUGAUUUUUACAUGAUCCAGCCAAAGAGUACCAAUUCUAUGCAAUAGUGAGACUCUACCCUGUCAACCAAACAGCAUUUUUUGGUAUUUUCUGUCAACAUCAUUUCUUCACAAGGAAAUUUCAAGUUGGAGUGCUUCCUUUGCUCACAUUCAUGUCCUGUUUUUGUUACUGGUUUGAAGACUAAAAGGCACGGGUUCAAAUAAGAUUGGUCUCUUUGGUUGGAGACUAUUUCUGGGUUCAUUCAGUUGUUCAAGAAACAUUAGUUAAGCACCUACUGUUGCUAGACACUAUGCUAGAUACUGAGGAUAAUGAAGGUAAGAUUGAUAUAGUCCCUGCCCUCAUGGAGCUUAUAGUCUCAUGUGGUCUUAGUGAAACAAAGUCUUAAUUUGCUUUUAUACUAGAAAUAAUAAAGAAAGCUGCCUUGCUGUAUUCAAUCAGUUAAAAUCAGCAACUGUGCUUUUGUAUCAGUAAAACAUUUAGUUCUCACCUUUUGAAAAUGCAAACCACUGAAGUGAUUUACAGUCUCCUCCAUUUUUGGCUGGAGAGGUGUUCUGUUUCUGUGAGACAUUUUUCUAAUUUUUGUGGAACUUGACUUUCCUCCUUCUUUGCUUAUACGUGUUUGUUAGAUUAUAUUGCAAAGAAGUCAAGUUACUGAUAUCCAGUACAUUUUAUAGAGGAAGAUGACUUUCAAAACUAGUCAUAUUUCUGUAGAGGAGGAAGAUCUUUAAAACUUUUAUCAUUCAGCAUUUGUAUUUUAUGGAUCCCCAGGAGAACUAAAAAGGAGAUGACUCUCUACCAUAGUUUGGUUUAAAAAAAUUACGCUGUCAGUUAUUUAUUUAUUAUUUAAUACUAAAGAUAAACUCCAAACUGAAGUGGUUCUGAGGUAAAUCAGAUAUGAUUUUAAUUUGUUUAAGUUUCUUUAUUAGCAGAUCUAUAAAUGGAAGGUGACCAAUGUCACUGCUUCUAAAAUACUGUCCUAAACAACCCAGAAGAUUUUAUUUCAGCUCACGAAUAGCUGUUCUAAAUCUGUUGUAUGUUAGACAUACUAUGAACUACCUCUUCACUUAUUAUGGGGAAGUUUCCUUAAUAAAAGUGUGACGAUUAAA